AUGGCAUCCACCACGCGAUCCAGUUCACUGCUCUCCUUGCUCUAUCUGGCCCUGCUGACAUUUGUGGGCAGUGCUGUGCUCCUGGCCGAGAUGCACCAACACAGCUUGCUGAGCCACAACGUCCACGCUUUCCUGGCGGUGCUCAUGAUCUCUUCCUGCACCUGGAUGCUCUGGUUUGGCUGGCGCUCUGCCAGCAACAAGCAGUUGAAAAGGCACCAGGAUCACCAGGCGGGAGCAAGCUGGCUCAAAGGUGGUCUGUCUCUCUUUGCACUGGCCACGUUGGUUCUGGACUGCCUCUCCUUGGGCUAUUACUAUGAACUGCAGCACUGCGCCUCCAUGCUAAUCACCACCUUCCCUGUUGUGCAAGCCAUUUUCACCAUCAUUCAGGUUUCAUUGCUGCUGUUUAAUGCUAAGGUUUGCAUCCAGGAACACCAGCAUCUAAAUAGGUUUGGGCUGAUGCACACACUGGCCACCAAUGUGCUCCUGUGGAUGAGUGUGGUGCUGGAUGAGUCCAUGAAGCAGCUAGAAGAAUUCUAUGAUGCUCAGAAGGGAGAGAGCUCCAAGGUUCCCCAUGAUGGCUCCUACACCAACAGCUGUGUCUGCACCACCAGCCUUUGCCACAUCUUUUCAGAAGGUGCCGCUUACCUGCACCCAUUCAAUAUUGAGUUCAGCCUCUUCUCUUCUACGAUGCUGUACAUCAUCUGGAAGAACACUGGACGGGAAGCUCAUCACCAGAAGCCCCAGCUCACUCACAGGCCACACUUUCACCUCAGUGGGGCAUUUGUUGGACUGGUGCUAGGGGCCUUGGCCAUUUCAGCAACCUUUGGAGUGAUGAUCUCUUUUGGAGUGCUUGCCAAGUCUCCUGAAACUAUUCCUGAAGCCCUUCGGACAUACUACAUCUUCAACUCUGUGUUGUUAUCUGCCAUGUUCUUAGCCACUUUGAUUGGCAUCGCCACCUACAGGGUGAAGAAAAAAGCUGCAGCUCUCUCUUCUGACAAGAGCGUGGUAAGAAACUUAGAUGUCACCUUGCUUCUGGGCAGUUCCUGUGGUCCGCUCAUGGUAUCCAUCUUCUCUUUGGUUGCCAUCUUUUUUCUUCAUGCCAAUGGCAGCCUCCAUCUUCUGGACUUUUGCUUCUCCCUGUGCAAGACCAUCCAGAUACUUGGGCAGAAUCUGUUCAUUACUGAAGCUUUGUACUCUAGCCUCUCUCAGGAGCCAGAUGUCCAAGACAAUACUGAUAAUAUUGCUGGUACCAGCUGGGUUUUUUCCAUUUCCAGAAGUCCCUUGGAGCAGGACAGCAAUGGACCUUUUUCCAAAACCCACAGACUGACCAACAUCAUGGCCAGUUUGGAGAAUCAGCCACCCACACACUUGACAGACUAUGGCGGUGAUCCUUCCCUUAUCCAGAUUUCUCAUACCCAGGAGGAACCUAAAAGACCAAGCAUCAGAAGAAAGAUCCUACAGAACAUCUCCAUCCUUCUUAUCUUCUACAACAUCUCGGUGUGGAUUCUGUAUGCCUAUGGGACCCGCCCACACCUGGUGAGCCAGAUCGAACAGUCUUUCUAUGGCUUCACACUCUGGGCCAUUGUGGUCAAGAUCUCCCUGCCGCUGGGCAUCUUUUACCGUAUGCACUCAGUGGCCAGCCUUUUCGAAGUCUACUGCAGGACCUGCUAA